AUGACUGAUGCGUUCAGUAGCAGCUCGGAAACUGUAAUACAGCGAGUGUUGGACGUUCCAGUGAAGUCAAACACUCCUGCGGACGAACUUCAGGAGCUGUAUCAGAUCAUGGCGACUUGCGACUUCAUUCUUGAUCAUCAGUUUGCAAAGGUUGCUCUGCAGUUUCCUGAUGAGCUGCUUGGAGAUUCAGUGGCAAUUGCUGAAGAAAUCAGUCGAAACACGAAUGCCAAGCCGUUUAUAUUGGGUGACACCUCGUAUGGCAGCUGCUGUGUGGACGAGGUAGCGGCGGAGCACGUCGGAGCCGACUGCAUCGUGCAUUACGGCAGCGCGUGCCUCAGCCCGUCCAAACGCCUGCCCCUCAUGUACGUCUUUGAGAAGAGGCCGCUGGACGUGGACAGCUGCGCCUCGUCCUUCCGGGAGCUCUACCCUGAUUCCCAGAGCGCCGUCGUCAUCCUCUACGACGUCAACUACGUCCACGCUGUCGGUGAUCUAGUGACUCUUCUGUCAGCGGAGUAUCCAAACCUCGUCUGCUCGGAGCUCGUCGUUGAAGGGGAGCAGUGUCACAGUCACAGCUUCAUCAGAAGACUGAGUCAUGAUUCGUUAAGUUCAGAGCAAGACGGCAGCCGGGUUGUUUACCAGUUCGGAAGGCAGUUCUGCUUGAAAACUGGCUCCAGCGUCACAGACUACGGCAUGUUCUUCAUCGGCGAGGAGGGAGCAACUCUGCGAAACUUCAUGAUGACGUGGAACCGCUGCUCCUUCUGCUCCUUCGACCCCGCGACGGCGACGGGCCGGGCCGAGUCCGUCAGCGUCAACCGUGCAUUGAUGAAGCGGUAUUACGCAAUAGAGCGGGCCAAAGACGCCAGCGUGGUGGGCAUUCUGGUCGGCACUCUGGGCGUGGCCGAUUACCUGGCCGUCAUCCAGCAGCUGAAGGAGACCAUCCGCAGAGCGGGCAAGAAGAGCUACAUGUUCGCCAUGGGGAAGCUCAACGUGCCCAAGCUGGCUAACUUUCUUGAGAUCGACAUCUUCGUCUUAAUUGCAUGUCCGGAAAACUCACUUUUGGACUCAAGUGACUUCUACAAACCUGUAGUGACGCCGUUCGAGAUGGAAGUGGCGUGCAAUUCGCAGAGGGAGUGGUCGGAAGAAUACGUCACUGACUUCAGACGGCUGUUACCAGGAGGCCGGAGUCACGUGCCUCUGGCCGAUCAGCAGGAUGAGAGCGACGAGACGGACGUGUCUUUGAUCACCGGAGCUCUGCGGAGCCGCAGCCUGCUGAACGGCGAAGCCGCCGAGGCGUCCGGCGGCUCCUCGGUGGUUCUGAGAAACCAGACGCUGACUGUAGCCGACACACACUCCGCCGCGUCUUUCCUGGCCGGCCGGAGCUGGAGAGGGUUGGAGCAGAAGCUGGGAGACACGCCGGUGGUGAAGGCAGUAGAGGGCAGGAGAGGCAUUGCUAUCGCCUACGAAGAGGAAGGAACCGCCUCAUGAUCACCGUCUUCAACACUCUAUUUAUUUAUGCAUCUGAAAAUGUACCAAAUGUAAUUAUAGACGCUGUCAGUGUUUCAUCAACAGUAAUAUGAAGAUUUAAAAUAGCUUUAUUUUGAUAAAAUAAAUAAGAUCUACUGG